UUCACGUGAUCAGCCAAUCGGCGUCGUCGCGUGUAAUAGUGCAGUAAAGAUGGCGGCUGGUAGCUCGGUCCCUAGUGAUCUCUACCAACACGUUUAUACGUUUCUUUUAGAAAACAAGUUCACCAAAGCCGCCAAGGAGUUUCUAAAACAAGCUAAAGUCAAGCCUCAGGACCAAAACGAAGACGGACUCCUUGACAUCUUUAGUUUUUGGGUUAAGUCUCGGGGGGCAACGAAACGGAAAGCUCUCCCCAAAGGUCCUGAGGUUAAUGGACCGUGUGCGAAGAAAGCAAAGAAGGAUGAGGAGAGUUCUAGUGAAGAGGAAUCGAGCAGUGAUGAGGAAGAUGCAACGCCUGUCCAGAAACCAGCUCAAGCUGCAGCACCAGUGAAAAAGGCAGCGGCUGCAGUGCCGGUGAAAAAGGCAGCGGCUGCAGUGCCGGUGAAAAAGGCAGCGGCUGCCGUGCCGGUGAAAAAGGCAGCAGAGUCCAGCAGCAGUGAAGACUCUAGUGACUCUGAAGAUGAAGCCACCACUAAAGUCCCAGUAAAGAAAGUCACAGCUGUGAAGCCUGCAGUGUCGUCCCCUGCAACAGCAGCCAGGAAGAAGGACACCAGCUCCAGCAGUGAGGAGUCUGACUCAGAGGAAGAAUCAGCCAAGCCUGCAGCCAAAGGAGCCAAGCCUAUGGCUGUGACCCCUAAACCCAAGGCCGCUCCUAAAGCCCCAGCUCAGAAAAAACAGGAGAGCAGCAGCAGUGAGGAAAGCUCAAGUGACUCUGAAGAUGAGGCUCCAGCAAAGGCAGCAGUAAAAGCCGCUGCCCCGAAGAAGGUUCCAGCUCCGGCCAAAGCCGCCAGCAGCAGCAGCAGCGAUGAUGACUCUUCAGAUGAGGAGGAGGAAAAGGCUCCUCCCAGUAAAAAACCCAAAGCAGGUACGUACAGUGCGGUUCCUCCACCUGUAGCUAAGAGUACCCCUGCUCCAGCAACUAAACAGGACUCAUCAGACAGCAGCGAAGACAGCAGUGACGAGGAGGAAGAAAAGAAAGCUCCUGCACCUGCAAAGGCUGUGACUGCAAAGGCUGUGACUCCCAAACCUGUGGCGAAGAAGGAUGAGUCAAGUUCAGACAGCUCUGAUUCAAGCUCAGAGGAUGAAACAAAGAAACCAGCUGCCAAAGCAGCUCCACCUAAAGCAGCUCCACCUAAAGCUAAAGCCCCAGCAGUUCCCAAGAAGACUGUGGCAGCUCCUGCGAAGAAGGAAGACGACUCCUCUUCAAGCUCUGAUGAUGACGAGAAGGAGACAAAGAAGCCACCCACCAAGACAACACCGGCAAAAGCUGUCCCAGCUGCUAAGGCCACUCCUGCCAAGAAGGAAUCCUCCUCAUCCUCUAGCUCUGAGGAUUCAGAUGAUGAAGAUGAGGAACCAACAACAAAAACUCCUGUAGCCAAGGCCACCCCGGCCAAGGCCACCCCGGCCAAGGCCACCCCGGCCAAGGCCACAGAAGAGUCGUCCUCUUCCAGUUCGGAGGAGUCUGAUGACGAGGAUGAAAAAGCAAAAACGACUGCUAAACCUGUCCCGGUUAAGACUCCUCCAGCAAAAGCCACACCCGCAAAGAAAGCAGAGUCCUCAAGCUCAGACUCUGAUAGCUCAGAAGACGAGGCUCCUGCCAAACCUGCAGCUCAAACGCCUAAAUCCACACCCAAACCAGCAGCUACUCCGAAGACUGCAUUAACACCCAAGACUCCAUCCAAGCCAGCAGAGAGCAGCUCAGACUCGGACAGCUCUUCCGAUGAGGAGGAGCCUCCGAAGAAAGCUGCCGCACCUCCCGCCACUAAAGCAGCACCACCUAAAUCUAAACCCGCAGCAGAGUCCAGCAGCAGUGACUUGGACAGCUCCAGCGACGAAGACGAGAAGACUAAAGUGAAACCUGUUACCGCAGCUAAGCCUAAUGUGACUCCAACAAGCACAAAGAAGGCUGAGAGCAGCAGCUCCGACUCUUCAGACAGCUCGGAUUCAGAGGCCGAAGCCAAGAAAACGACUCCGGCCAAACCUCCCGUCACCAAAACAACAACUCCUAAAACCCCAACCGCAAAAACGCCCGUCUCGAAGGCUGCAGAGUCAUCGUCCUCCAGCGAAGAGAGCUCAGAUGAUGAGGAGGAGGAGACCAAAGCACCAGUAAAAUCCACACCUGUGGCAAAAAGCACACCCACUGCUACAGCAAAGCCGAAGCCUGAGAGCAGCUCAUCAGAGAGCUCUUCAUCUGAGGAAGAGGAGGUGAAAACUCCCAAGACUCCAACUGCAGCAAAUGGUACCGGCGGCAAAAGAAAGAGGGCAGAGGAGGACGAGGAGGACGAGGCCACUUCAAAGAAAACACCCAAAAACAAAAAGCCUGUUAACGUCACUCCUCAUUCCUUCCCCAAGGCCAAACAGAAGAAUGGCAAUACUCCUUUCCGUAGAAUAAGAGAGGAGGAUAUUGAGGUAGACCCGCGUCUGACAGACAAUUCCUUCAACGCCAAGUUGGGAGCGAGUGGAGAUUAUGGCGAGAAGGCUAACGACGUGCUUAAGUACACCAAAGGCAAGUCCUUCAGACAUGAAAAGACAAAAAAGAAGCGCGGCAGCUACAGAGGAGGUGCCAUCUCUACCUCCAUCAACUCCAUCAAAUUUGACAGUGACUGAGAGCCGAACCUCACAAACGCCACGUUUCCUUCAUGUUUCUACCUAGACUGAUUUCUCCGUCUGAUACAGUGAUGUCGUAUCUAGGAUCUGGCCACCCAGAGCCCUGCAGUGUAUUAGUGCUGUACUCAGGUCAUUAUUAAUAAUGUGCCCUCCAAGCCUUGAGUAAAGACACAGCCAUGUCAGUUGCAGUUUCUUUUCUUAGCCACUAGGUGGUGACCUCGUUUCUUCUACAUUUAUUCUUUCACUUCUCUUCUAUCAGAGGCCUGAUUUCAUGAGUUUGUUUAGAAUUAGGUUUUUUUUUUAUUGAGCUAAUGAAGCGGUUGUAUUCAAUUUCUCAUUCUGGUUAUUAAAUGUAUGAAUGGUUUCUUUUUAUCUCUGUUAAAAGUUGAUGUUGAAUGGUGUGAGGAUUGCUAAGAUAAUCUGUUCUAUAUUAAUUCUAAUCAGACUAGAUAUCGAGCUCGGUGAUCAUGCGCAGCGUCUCGUGCGAACAAGAAGCCGCUGUUAACGGCACUUGCAUCCUUCAUACCGUGGCAAUUUCAGUUUUGAUUCUUAAUUUAACUGCUGCAACAGCUGUACUGUCAUCCCAUUUGUUCAUGUAUUCAUUAAAUUGUUUGUAAUUAA